AUGUUAGAGUUUCUCGCACAAAUACAACUCUUCAUUAAAAAGUAUGAGACUCUACGAACAACAUCCUGGCGGGUCGAUAAAAGUAAAACAAACAGAUCUCCGAGCUCAGUGUUCGUUUCUGAAAGUGUGAUAUUUUUUCCCUUGGCCAAGGGGAUUUUCUUCGGCGCACCCUCCCCUUCGGCAUCUUGUACCGGGAAUAAGAAUAGAACAAAUAUUCAAAUAGACAAGCCUGGGAAAGAAAAAUAUCCCGGAAAUGUUUAA